AAUAAACCAACAUUGCAGAGUCACCUGUCAGUGAGCAGCUGAGCGACUGACAGGGUUCCUUCACGCUUACGUCUUUUACUGUAGAGACACAAACUCUGCAGACAUGACAGAAGAGGCUCCCACGAGUUCUGCAGGCAUGACGGAGGAGGUUAAAGAACUUAUCUUGAAGGACGUGAACCUCCACUGUCCGACCAACAACUUCUCCCACCACACCAGUGAGAUCUCCCUGACGGAGCUGUUUGUGAGGCGAGGUCUGGCCUUCACUCUGACCCUCACUCUGUCGCAGCCUUUCAAACCAAAACUUUACCCGCUCAGCAUGGUCGCAAUAACAGGUUUGGUUACAUCCGAGGAACAAGGCACAAUUUCGUACUUUGGUAUCCCCGACAGCCUGAUUAGGUCACCGUCAGCAAAGGCUGUGUGGAAGGCAGCGCUUGAGGAGGAGAAGUCCUCCCCAGAGAAAGGCGUCUUGGUUCUAAACAUCACCCCCCCGGCUAACGCCCCCAUAGGAUCGUAUGUACUCACUGGGAAAUACAGGGAAGAGGAUAUGUUGCUGGCAAUGCCGGUGGUGUUCUUCAACCCCUGGUGUCCUGAUGACACGGUGUAUCUAUCCGACGAGAAGGAAAGACAAGAGUAUGUGAUGAGUGAACAAGGAAUCAUCUACGGAGGAUCUGGAAACUACAUCUCCGACCGCACGUGGGACUUCGGACAGUUUGAGGACGACAUGGCGAGGAUUUGUAUUAAGUUGCUGGACGUUAACCCCAAACACGCGGAAAACCCAGCUGACGAUGUCUGUAGUCGCUCUGAUCCCGUCUACGUCAGCCGUGUGAUCAGCGCCAUGAUCAACUCUGAGGGCGACCAUGGCGUCGUGAUGGGAAGGUGGGGGGGUCCGUUUACCGCCGGGUAUAAACCCACUCACUGGACCGGCAGCCACGCCAUCCUCAAACGUUGGUACGACUAUGGCUGCCAACCGGUCAGAUACGGCCAGUGCUGGGUGUUUGCUGGCGUGAUGUGUUCAGUGAUGCGUCUGCUGGGCAUCCCCUGCCGCGUGGUCACCAACUACGAGUCAGCCCACGACACUAACAAAAAUCUGAUCAUCGACGUGUACUACGCAGACUACGGUGUCGCAGGGAAAAAAUCUCCUGACAGUGUUUGGAACUACCAUUUGUGGGUGGAGGGCUGGAUGAAACGUCCAGACCUGGAGGAAGGUGAUAAGUACGACGGAUGGCAAGUUCUGGAUCCGACACCACAGGAGAAGAGCAAUGGUGUUUACUGCUGCGGUCCAGCCUCGGUCAAAGCCAUCCGGAGCGGAAACAUCGACCUGAAGUACGACAUCCCGUUCAUCUUCGCUGAGGUCAACGCGGACUGUGUGGACUGGCUGGUCAAAGCUGACGGCUCGAAAAUUAAGUUAUUCUCCGACACCAAGAGAAUCGGUCAGAACAUCUCCACCAAGUCUGUCGGCUUGAGAAAGAGGAUGAACAUCACCGACACGUACAAGCACAGGGAGGGGUCCGACAAGGAGAGGGACGUCUUCAAGUACGCCCUCACCAGAGACCUCACCAUAGACAAGGAGGAGGGGGACAGCGGGGUGGAGACGGAGAAUGACACAGGAGCAGAGAAUCAGACGGGAGGAGCAGGUGAAGAGACGGAGGGGAACGGGGCAGUGAUCGAUACCUCGGGAGGAGCAGGUGAAGAGACGGAGGGGAACGGGGCAGUGAUCGAUACCUCGGGAGGAGCAGGUGAAGAGACGGAGGGGAACGGGGCAGUGAUCGAUACCUCGGGAGGAGCAGGUGAGGGCGUCCCGGAGGUCACGCCACCCUCCGAUGUGUCCAUGCGAUUUGAGGAGUUGUCCGAACCAAUGAACGGGAAGGACGUGAGCAUGAAGCUGUUGCUUCACAGCAAGUCCACUUCCUCCAGGCUGCUGUCCAUCAACAUCAGCGUCCAGGCCAUGGGCUACAACGGCUCCUCGGCCGGGAACAUCCAGUCCAAGGUGAAGGAGGAGACCAUGCAGCCUGGGACAGAACUGUCCGUCCCCAUCCUGGUCCCGUUCUCGGCCUAUCACAAGCUCAUGGUGGAGUGUGACAGCAUGAAGGUCACAGCCAUGGUCAAUGACAAAUACAAGCCGGAGCAAGUCUACCUGGCGGAGAAUGACAUUGUGCUGAUGGAUCCUCCUUUUACCUUCACAGUUUCCAGUACGACCAGACUGCAACAAGAAACCAGUGGAGUAUUGAUUUUCAAGAACCCGGUAGACGAGACGCUGACGGGAUGCACACUGACUCUGUCUGGAAGUGGAAUAUUUAAAAAGGAGGAGGACUGCAGGCUCCCGGACCUGGAACCAAAACAACAGGUCCGUAUCAACAUCUUCUUUUAUCCCUACAAGACGGGAAAGAAGACGAUCACGGCCGUCUUCGACUGCUCCACCUUCAGGGACAUCCAGACCACCUGCAAGAUCGAGGUCAAAGAGUAACGUCUCAACUCUGCAGAGUCUCGUUCUAAGGUCACAAGCUAAAACAAAAAAAAAUGCUAAAAUCUUCGGCGGCUUAAAGGAGAUUUAUUGAGCUCAUGUUCAGGUUUGUCUGGGUCCGAUGUCUUCGCUACAACAGGAACUAUUUUUCAUCCGUCCCGUGUCACGAAAGUUAUCAACAAACACACACUCUCGCUCGCUGUGAUUGUUCCGGACAUUCCUCCGCUAUUUCAGGAAAAUGUCUAGAGUUCACUGCGGCUCUAAAAACAGCUUUAACUUUCACUUCAUUAAGUUACCUCAAUAAGAGAGAUAACAAACAUGUGUUUCUCAGUCAAAUAUCGGUGCAGGGUACAAAAAGCUUUUCAACAAACCGCUGUGAACUUCACUCAGAACCAAAAAGCUUUCUCGAAGCAACUCAUUAUUCACUUUUAUAUGAUAAAGCCCGGUGAUGGACCACUGCUUAAAAAAGAAGAACAAUGAGAAAGAUGCCAAACAUACGACACAUGAACAUUUACAUGUAUCUACUUAAAUUCGUUGAUUUCUUUUAAGGUCUGACUUGGAUCCCAGCUGGUUUUUAAAGUCUGAUCCUGAAACUAGAUUCUCAUCAGAAUGUUUGAAUUUGCUUGAACAAAGUUAUUCAGUUGUUUUGUUCUUGAGGAUAAAUCUCCUGCCGGGAUCUCCAGGUAACAGCGGCCUCUGCUGGACAGACUGAAAACAAACUCUUCAUUCUCUAAAAUAGAAACCCAACAACUGCGGCUCCCCGUCUCAUGAUGCAUUCAGGAAAACAUGGUAGAAAAGGUUCUCAACUCAGGGGUAAAGCUUUUUCUCUUAUCGAAGAUUUCAGGCCAAGUCAAGUCAACAACACAACUGCUGGUGACCAAAUAAAAUGAAUACAUCUUCAAACGUACAAGGGACAUUCACUAUCUUGUCCUAUAUUCUAAAAUGUAAACACAAUGGGAAAGGUUCAUGUUUUUUAUGUGUUUCCACGGUGCUUUGCCACAAGGAUUUUUUCUUUCUGUUGUUGGGGGUGAAUAAAGAUCUUAACUGAAAAGUGUU